AUGAGCUAUUUUGGAGCUGUUAGUUUUGUGGAUCUACCAGAUGAAGAUCGAUCCAACUGGAAUCAGAUCAAUCUACUCGGGUAUCGAGUUCAACCGCGCGUGAGUUUUCCCCCUCCGCCCGACGCCGCCGCCGCUCCUCCGACUCACAGAUCUAACUCUCCCAACAUCCCCGCCGUCUUCCGCCGCCUUCCGCGGCCGCCGACCCAACCCUCCGUCCCCCGGAAACACCAGCAUAUUCCGUCGGCAUCCGCACUUCUCCCCGCCGCAGCCGGCGCUCCUCGUCAGUGCCGAGCUCGCCUUCACGGCCAAUGCCGCCAUCUCCUCCGCCCGGAGGCGGCACUUCAGCCGGCUGAGCGGCAGCGCAAAGUAGAUUUGCCCAGGCUGGAGCUCCUCGUCGUCGCUGACCGCCGACACGAAGUCUCCGAGGUCCAUCUCGUCGGAAUUGCAUAUGAAGUACGCCGGAUUUUUCUGCAGCACAUAGGAAACUUUAACGGGUUCAUCUUCUUUAGUAGGGUCAAGGUCUUUGAGGCUGAGGAUAGCCUCACUUUCAUCUUUAGAGAACAGCCUUAA